AGUCAACAUCAUCACGCGCAGUAAUGCUUGAGCUAAUGAUAUUAUCAUCGUUUGUGUUAAUACUCAUCACGAGUCCGCCUCCGAUCCGCUCCGAUAUCCUACCGCCAUGUUGCAACGGAGGGUACGGCUGCAUAUCCUCCAUGCGUCAAUCGAACUGCCCGAGCGGUCAGGUGCUUGUCAGUGGGGCGUCGCUUGGCGCAUGUUGCCCCGGGUGCCGCGGGGGCCAGGGUUACAUGAAGGUGUGCAACGUUAAUGUCGCCAACAGACGUUGCGCCCCGGGACUUCGAUGCGAUCGGAAGUGUCUCUACGAUAGGUCGACCUGUCUUCACACAAUACACAUGCAAGCCGAGGGUGAGUGGGCCGGUUGGUACCCACAGUGCAGCCCGGAUGGGACGUACGCCAGCAAGCAGUGCCGAGGUGACCGACUUUCUGGACGCUGUUUUUGCUACAGCGAAGACGGCCGGCGCAUAUUCGGAUGGGAUUGGUACAAGGAUGCGGAGGAAAUGAGUUGCGCAUGCAGCAGACGGCGUGCCAAGCUGGAAUCGGAGGGGCGCACCGUGGUAACUCUCCACUGCACUCAGAACGGUAACUUCGAGGAUCUGCAGUGUGAUUCGGGGGUUUGCUGGUGUGCGAAUCGGUACAGCGGGAAUCCGCUGGUUGGUACCACCGUGGUUCAAGAGAGCUUGUGGACUUCGCUGCCAUGUUAUAACGUAACCCUUCAUGGUAACAGCUAUCUCCGCCAGUGUGAAAGCGCGGCUUUCGCCCAAAAGAAGAUUCAAAAAAUGUUUGCCUUGAGGGGUACGGUCGGCGUAACAUACAACGAGAUCCAAUGCGAAUACGAUGGAGCUUUCGGAUCGUAUAGACUUGAAAAUGGAAUUGUGUACUGCACCUGGCGUGAUGGAAAAAAGAUAGGGUCCUACCAAGUCCGCUCCAGUUUGGUUUCAUCGGUGAACUGCAACUGUGCACGUGACACCCAGAUCUACAAGGAAGCCGGCAUCCCGUUCACGCUCGCUUGCGCAGGCAACGGAAAUUACGACUACUCCCAGGAUCAGAACGGUCAGCUGUUUUGUGUCGAUGGCGAUGGUUACGUGGUGUCCACCGACGUGCGGCCCACCGAGAGCUGCGACAAGUUCAUAUACAACUCGGAGUUUUACAAUGAAGACUAGUGGAA